AUGUCAGCAGAGGAGAUUGUGGGACGUACACAGCAGGGGAGGAGAAUAUGGGACGUACACAGCAGGGGAGGAGAGUGGGAUGUACACAGCAGGGGAGGAGAGUGGGACGUACACAGCAAGGGAGGAGAGUGGGAUGUACACAGCAGGGGAGGAGAGUGGGACGUACACAGCAGGGGAGGAGAGUGGGACGUACACAGCAGGGGAGGAGAAUAUGGGACGUACACAGCAAGGGAGGAGAGUGGGAUGUACACAGCAGGGGAGGAGAGUGGGAUGUACACAGCAGGGGAGGAGAAUAUGGGACGUACACAGCAGGGGAGGAGAGUGGGAUGUACACAGCAGGGGAGGAGAGUGGGACGUACACAGCAAGGGAGGAGAGUGGGACGUACACAGCAGGGGAGGAGAGUGGGACGUACACAGCAGGGGAGGAGAAUAUGGGACGUACACAGCAGGGGAGGAGAGUGGGACGUACACAGCAGGGGAGGAGAGUGGGAUGUACACAGCAGGGGAGGAGAAUAUGGGACGUACACAGCAGGGGAGGAGAGUGGGAUGUACACAGCAGGGGAGGAGAGUGGGACGUACACAGCAAGGGAGGAGAGUGGGACGUACACAGCAGGGGAGGAGAGUGGGACGUACACAGCAGGGGAGGAGAAUAUGGGACGUACACAGCAGGGGAGGAGAGUGGGACGUACACAGCAGGGGAGGAGAGUGGGAUGUACACAGCAGGGGAGGAGAAUAUGGGACGUACACAGCAAGGGAGGAGAGUGGGACGUACACAGCAGGGGAGGAGAGUGGGAUGUACACAGCAGGGGAGGAGAAUAUGGGACGUACACAGCAAGGGAGGAGAGUGGGACGUACACAGCAGGGGAGGAGAGUGGGACGUACACAGCAGGGGAGGAGAGUGGGACGUACACAGCAGGGGAGGAGACUGUGGGACGUACACAGCAGGGGAGGAGAGUGGGACGUGCACAGCAGGGGAGGAGAGUGGGACGUGCACAGCAGGAGAGGAGAAUAUGGGACGUACACAGCAGGGGAGGAGAAUAUGGGACGUACACAGCAGGGGAGGAAAGUGGGACGUACACAGCAGGGGAGGAGAGUGGGACGUACACAGCAGGGGAGGAGAGUGGGACGUGCACAGCAGGGGAGGAGAAUAUGGGACGUACACAGCAGGGGAGGAGAAUAUGGGACGUACACAGCAGGGGAGGAGAAUAUGGGACGUACACAGCAGGGGAGGAGAGUGGGACGUACACAGCAGGGGAGGAGAGUGGGACGUACACAGCAAGGGAGGAGAGUGGGACGUACACAGCAGGGGAGGAGAGUGGGAUGUACACAACAGGGGAGGAGAAUAUGGGACGUACACAGCAAGGGAGGAGAGUGGGACGUACACAGCAGGGGAGGAGAGUGGGACGUACACAGCAGGGGAGGAGAGUGGGACGUACACAGCAAGGGAGGAGAGUGGGACGUGCACAGCAGGGGAGGAGAGUGGGACGUGCACAGCAGGAGAGGAGAAUAUGGGACGUACACAGCAGGGGAGGAGAAUAUGGGACGUACACAGCAGGGGAGGAAAGUGGGACGUACACAGCAGGGGAGGAGAGUGGGACGUACACAGCAGGGGAGGAGAAUAUGGGACGUACACAGCAGGGGAGGAGAAUAUGGGACGUACACAGCAGGGGAGGAGAAUAUGGGACGUACACAGCAGGGGAGGAGAGUGGGACGUACACAGCAGGGGAGGAGAGUGGGACGUACACAGCAAGGGAGGAGAGUGGGACGUACACAGCAGGGGAGGAGAGUGGGACGUGCACAGCAGGAGAGGAGAAUAUGGGACGUACACAGCAGGGGAGGAGAAUAUGGGACGUACACAGCAGGGGAGGAGAAUAUGGGACGUACACAGCAGGGGAGGAGAAUAUGGGACGUACACAGCAGGGGAGGAGAGUGGGACGUACACAGCAGGGGAGGAGAGUGGGACGUACACAGCAAGGGAGGAGAGUGGGACGUACACAGCAGGGGAGGAGAGUGGGACGUGCACAGCAGGAGAGGAGAAUAUGGGACGUACACAGCAGGGGAGGAGAAUAUGGGACGUACACAGCAGGGGAGGAAAGUGGGACGUACACAGCAGGGGAGGAGAGUGGGACGUACACAGCAGGGGAGGAGAGUGGGACGUGCACAGCAGGGGAGGAGAAUAUGGGACGUACACAGCAGGGGAGGAGAAUAUGGGACGUACACAGCAGGGGAGGAGAAUAUGGGACGUACACAGCAGGGGAGGAGAGUGGGACGUACACAGCAGGGGAGGAGAGUGGGACGUACACAGCAAGGGAGGAGAGUGGGACGUACACAGCAGGGGAGGAGAGUGGGAUGUACACAACAGGGGAGGAGAAUAUGGGACGUACACAGCAAGGGAGGAGAGUGGGACGUACACAGCAGGGGAGGAGAGUGGGACGUACACAGCAGGGGAGGAGAGUGGGACGUACACAGCAAGGGAGGAGAGUGGGACGUGCACAGCAGGGGAGGAGAGUGGGACGUGCACAGCAGGAGAGGAGAAUAUGGGACGUACACAGCAGGGGAGGAGAAUAUGGGACGUACACAGCAGGGGAGGAAAGUGGGACGUACACAGCAGGGGAGGAGAGUGGGACGUACACAGCAGGGGAGGAGAGUGGGAUGUACACAGCAGGGGAGGAAAGUGGGACGUGCACAGCAGGGGAGGAGAGUGGGACGUGCACAGCAGGGGAGGAGAAUAUGGGACGUACACAGCAGGGGAGGAGAAUAUGGGACGUACACAGCAAAGGAGGAGAGUAUGGGACGUACACAGCAGGGGAGGAGAGUAUGGGAUACCUGAAGGGGCUAGAGGGCGAUUUCUCUUUUGGAAUAGCAGCCUUCAACAAGAAAACGAAACAUCCAGCAAACGGCGAAGAUGUUGUGGAAGAAGACGGCGUAAAAAAAGAUGUUGCGGACGGGUACGUAGAAAAAGAGGAUGCGGCAAGCGGAGACGUCCGAAAAGAAGAUGUUGCAGGCGAGUUCGACGAGUGA